CUUCUUCCCAAAUCUAGAAUACAUGAGAUAAUAGAGUCAUCCUUUAUACCACAAGUGAUGGUUGGCUCCAUUGUGCGGUGAUUCAACUCCUCUCUAAGGUUCAAUUCAGUUUUCCAAGUGCUCUGAGAAAUAUUGGAGUAGGAUUGGGGCAUUCCCUUCUUGCUUAUAGAAAUGAUUUACAGGGAAUUUCAAAGCUUCAGAUCAAUGAAGCUGCCUUGAGAGAAGACUUGAACCAACCCUGGGAGGUUCUUGCUGAGCCGAUACGUAACACCGUCUCCAAUUAUAUUUACUUUUAAGUAAAUAAUUUUAUGAACCUUGUUAAAUGGUUAAUGAAUUUACGAAAUUGUAAAUUUUCAUUAUUUCUUUCGUGUGAAUAGUAAAUUGCCUGUGAGACCCACACCGGGAGCGGGGGCCGCCCGACGUUCCCGAAACCAUACAUGUUAUUCAUCUUGGUCUAGAUGAUAAAUACAUAGUGGUGGAUAUUUCAUUUGGGCCAUGGGAAGGCCCAGAGUUGACCGAUUGGUCACAAGAGGCCCAAAUUACCGGUACAAGUAAUUUAACAAUAACAGCCCGAAACGGAUUUCGGAGACUCCUAAAUUACACAUGAGGAAUGUAUAUUCAUUCUAAGAAUCCAUAAUGAUGGGAAACACAUAAUAUAUUUUAUUUGACCCGAUAAAAUAAAAUAUAAUUAAAACAGUCCGAAAAAUACAACUUUUGGAGCCGAGUGUACACUUCAGAGCAUUAAGAGAUGACCUCCCACAUGAGUGGGGGCCAACUCACGUAAAUAUCCCACCUAAUGGAGCAACGAGGCGUAAAUAUCCCACCUAAAGGAGGUUGAUAUGAGAAGAUUGGCAUCAAACUAAGCAUGGGGGGCCUUUUCCUUCACUCAUUGCCCAAAUGAGCCAAAAAGGACCAUCCCUACCCAUCCCCUCCUCACUAGCUCGACCAAGGCCAAGGGAAAGAAGAGAGAAGCUCUGCAAACACCAUACUCCAUAGCUAAAUUCGGACUCAAGCUCAAGGGAGACAAAGAAGGAGUUUUAAAGAGGAAAAAGGGAGGAAUAAGUGUGGUGAUUAAGGAACAUAAAUAAAGUGUUUUUAGAGUUCUUCGGAGUUUCACCGGAGUUUCACCGGAGUUUCGCCGGAGUUUCAUCGGAGUUCAACCGUGGAGCGUAGAACACACUAAAAGCUCAUUUAAGGUGAGUGGACGGCUUAAUAUCUUAUAACUUUUGGGUUAAUUAUGAUAUUACCUAAAUAAAUGUUAUAUGUGUUCAUAAUUAUGUUUAAAAGGUAUUUAAACAUGUGAUUAACCAACAUGGUUAAGUUUGUAUGAAAGGAAUUAAUUGUUAUGCAUGAAAUAUGAUAUGAGGAAUUAUAUAGAAUGCAUAUUUGCUUGAAGUGUAAGAGAAGAAAAAAUGAAUAUCAUUAACUUAAUUAUAUGAUGAUUAAGUUGAUACGUACAAGGCUUGAAAUGGCGGUCAACGAAAACGUUGACCGAUGGAUAAUGGAUUAAUUAAUACCGGUCGGUAUUAGUUAAUUAUAAAUUUAUAUAAAUGCAUGGUUUUGCAUGGAUUGUGAUCCAUAAGCUUUAUAUAUUGAUUUGGUUAUGAAUGAAUAGAUAUGAUAUAGACCCUAUCUAGGUUGAUAGGAGGUUGAUCAUAGGAUUAUAAAUUGGUGGAGGAUCCUAGGACUUAAAGUCCUUAACACUCAUAUUUUGGUGGAGGACCCUAGGACUUAAAAGUCCUUAACACUCAUAUUAUAGUUUGGUGGAGGACCCUAGGACUUAAAAGUCCUUAACACUCAUAUUAUAUUUUGGUGGAGGACUCUAGGACUUAAAGUCCUUAACACUCGGAUUAUAAAUUGGUGGAGGACCCGAGGACUUAAUGUCCUUAACACUCGGAUAAUAAAUUGGUGGAUGACCCUAGGACUAAAAGUCCUCAACACUCAAAUAUAAACUGGUGGAGUACCCAAGGAUUUUGAUCCUCAAAACUCAUAGGUUAUGGUAUAUGAAUACGGACAAGGAGGAGUCCUAUACACUCAUAGACAUAUGGGUGGGACGGGGUUUUUAGUCAAGGAUAUUGACUAUUAAUAUUUUCCCAAAUAAAACGUUGAUCUACGGAUCGGGUAUUUUCCAAGUGAUUAUGUACUACUAACUAUUUCUUAACUUGGGGGAAAAGACUAUUUAUAUAAGUAUCACCCUAUGUUUGGGUCUUAUACUUGAAACGCUAGUUAUUCUAUAUUUAGCCUGCUACUCGCUCGGUACUUGUACUGACCAAUUCGGGGGGCCCCACCAUUUCAGGUUGAUGUUCAGGCUUGUCAUCUACACCUUUGCACGGGUGAAGAGAAUCCAGAGGAAGACGUGGUUCGUGCUCCCUCUACUAUUUCAAAAGAUAAACUAUCAUGGAUACUUUUGUAUUAAUACAUUGUUUUGGCCUGCGAGCCUACGUUUUGGCCAUGUGUGGCCCACAAUUGAUUAUUGAAUAUUUCCGCUAUUCAACUAAUCUAAACUGUGAUGUUGUUGUGUAUGUUUACUACUGAGUAUGGAUAUAUAUUAUGUGCAUGGACGUCUUGUAUGAUUAAGACACGUUGACUUGCGAGUGGCGUUGCUUGAUCAUACGGCGGUUGUACACACGCCUAGAUGCGGUCUGGGGCGUGACAAUUAAGUGGUAUCAGACCCAUCUCAGUUCUAAACUAUGUAAUCAACCUCUCACAAGAGAUUUUGCAAAAAGGGAAUUUGUACCGGAAACUAUUAGCAUUGUAUUUUGACGUUCAUAGAACUAUUGUUACCUAGGUUGCAAGGUCUCUAAUUGUUAAGAUGGUACCCUUAACAAUUGGUAUGCCGGUGACUUGGGUCAAUACGUGUCUAUAACGUUCUUCCGUCAAUUGACAUUGAUAGGAGUCUAACGACUCGUUCAAAUCUCAUUUCAGAAAUGGAGGGUAGGCGAAUGGCAACGAGGAACAAUCCGAGGGGGCAGACACCGGUGACAUCCAUGAGGGGUAGCCGGGCUGCAUCUCGGGGGAGAAGAGGAGGCCGAGUAGGCCGUGGGGGGCACCGGGCCCAAACGGUGAGCGAUGGCCACGUAAGCUUGGUGUAUGAAACUAACACUGAGGACUAUGACUCAACUUUUGUGCCCGGCACGGAGCAUGAGGAGACCCCGUAUGACGGGGGUGACUUCCACACUGAGGAGGAAGACAAUGAUGAGAGUGAUGCCCGAUUCGCUUAAGUGGGCGAAUUGCUUGAGUGGUAUCAAAAGGAGAAACUAAGGAGAGACCUUAGACGCCAAGCAAGGCACGGCUCUCGUGGUAGUUUGGGUCAAGGAAGCCGAGGAGCUUCAUGGGCCACUCCAGCGGCGUCACAAGGUGGGCGUGAAGGAGGGUUUUGUGUGAGAAUCUCCAAGUACCUCAAGGAGGCUAGGGCCUUGGGGUGUAAAUCCUUCGACGACACCGGUGACAUUACCGUUGCCGUCGAUUGGAUCAAGAAAGUGAAGGAUGCAUCAAGGGAUAUGCAGGUCACACCCGACGUGAAGUUGACUGUUGCUUCACGUUCGCUUGAAGGAAUCGCUUCUACAUGGUGGGAGAGUGUAGAAGGAAAGUACCGGGGGGCCAUCACAUGGGCGAACUUCGAGCAGGAGUUCUACGCCCAAUACUACUCCGACUACGAGGUUAAUGUCAAGCGUAGAGAGUACACCAACCUUAAACAAAAGGAGGGUGGUUCUGUCAAGCAAUUGGAGCAAGAUUUUAGAACCUUGGCUAGGUUCUUGCCGGAAUACGCGGUGGAUGAGGACCGCAUGUCGGAACGCUUUUGGGACGCCUUACUCCUGGACAUCCGUGACCGAGCUACAUACUCUCGUCAUAUGACGUUUAGCGAGGUGGUGGAACAGGGCCUACUUGGGGAGGCUCAGUGGAAUGAGAGGAAAGAAAGAGACGCUGAAGAGGCGAAAAAGAGAAAGUGGCAUAGUUCGGGGCUGCCCGAGCAAUCACGAAAGAAUAACAACUGUGUAGGUAGUGGUUCGUUCAUGAUGCUGGCACCACCGGCAAAGAAGAACAGGUAUGCUCGGUGGCACUUAUCCUCCUCUCAAAAUACGGGACCUCCUAGGUGUGCCAACUGUUCGAAGAAUCACUUCGGGAAGUGCAACGCACCCCCGAGGUGUUAUCAGUGCGGGAACACAUGCCACAUGAAGGCUAAUUGCCCACAAUUGGGGAAUGUACAUCGUUUCUAAAGGCCCAUAAUUAUUAGGAACACGUAAUAUAUUUUAUCCGGCCCGAUAAAAUAAAAUAUGACCAAAAUAGUCCGAAAAAUACAACUUUCGGGGCCGAUUAUGCACAUCGGGACAUAAGGGGAUGACCUCCCACAUGAGUGGGGGCCACCCCACGAUUUUAUGUAUCACAAAUGACCAAGAAGCAUGCUGGAACGUGCAGAGUAGGUGAGGAGUCUCAUUUGAGACAAAAACCCAUCCCUACACCCUUUCUACUCAAUCAAUUGUGUUGAUUGAGAGGAGCCUAUCUCCCUCCUCACUUGCAACCAUCCGGCCAACUCAAAGGAAAAGAGAAGAUCCAGCAACUCCUCAUCAUGUUCAAGCUUGGAGGAAGUAAGGGGCAAGCAAACUCCAGUAGAAAACUAGCUAGGAAGAAGGUAAGAACUCAACUAUCUUCUUGUAACUAGUUUUAUGGUGCGUGAUUUUUAAGUAAUCAUAUGGUGGAUUAAACAUGAUGUUCUACACGUUUAAAAGUGUAGAAUAUUGAUAUAAAGUGGUGAUAUUUAACUUAGAAGAGUUGGUGAAUCGAUAGGAGUCGAAAUCACAGGAAACCGC